ACCGCCUCCGUUGUCCGGGUAGCAGCACCACGUCGCCACCCGCGUGCUUUCGUCGGUUUAAAACUCGCGUCGGUCGAGGGUCGUUUUUGAGAAUCCGCGCGCGGUUCGACGACCCCAAUUUUUUCAACCACCCCCGAGUCUCUCGUCUCCGUCACAUUCGCUCCUCGCCGGUGCCGAUGGUCGCUGAAGAUACCUCGGAGGGCGAACGUACGAAAUACGAAUUUACCUGCGAACCUUCGGAAAUACUGCAGUGCACCAAAGUGCACCAAAGUGCACCGAUGACCUCGAAAACUGCACCCUAAUUCGGCGGACGCGGGUAACAGGAUAACAGGUCGCACCGUAACCGCACACGCGGUGCAAGCGCCACAGAGAAUUUGUUUAAAAUUUUCAACCGGACUGUGAAAAAUACGAUCGGAGAACGGGGUUGAAAAUUCAAUUGAAAAUGUGAAUUUUAAUCAACUGCCGCCGCGUGACGUGAUUGAAAAUUGUUCGUGGUUUUCAAUCGUUUGUACUUUUUUGGACGUUGUUUUUUCUUUUUUUUUUCAUUUUCCAACAGCGAUACGGAUAUCGGACGGAAUAUUCUGUUUGUUUUUUUUCUUGUUUUUUUUUUUCACCGGGUUGUUGUCGAGAUUCCCGCGCGUGUCCAUCAACCGCAGAAAUUCGUCCAUGGUCCGUCCAUCCUGCCGCACGGAAUGCACAUCGUCCAUGUGAGGAAAGGAGAGAUGAAUUUUGGUGAAACGAUGAUUCCUUUCGUACGAGAAAUGCGAAGAAAUUGAAGCAAAAAAAUUCACCCACCGAUUCGGGAGGCGAAAAUUCGACGAAAGGAAAUGACAAAAUGUAAAACGUAAACCCGAGAGAGCAAAAAAAGUUGAAACAAAAUUCGAUUAAUGCGAGGGCAAGCAAAUCGUGCGACGAGAUAAGUGCAGGUACAUUUUCCGCUUCUUUUUUCUUAAGUCGUCUCCUCGGCUACGUGAUCAAAUGGAAUAAAUUCGAAUCCAGCAAAAAUGUAAAGGAUACGGAACGGAGACUUGAUUUCAUAUGCGGUAUGAGAUUUACCGCUGGAAACGUCACGAGUUUCAUCAACGGACUCUGCUAUUUGACGAAACUUUAAAAGCAAAUGUGAAAAGUGUGAGCGGCGAAGUUUCGUCAAACGAGGUUGACUUUGAAUAUAAAACUAUUUCCCCUUUUCUCGAGACCCCCGGCAUAAAGCGAACCGCCUGCCGGAGAUUUUUCUCGUUCAAGAAACUGCAGUUCGUGUGCGCGAAUGACCUAUAUACAUAUAUGUCGGCGUUGAAAGGAAAAAGAAUAUCAUCACCGUCGUUUGUUUCGACGGAUAUUGAUUAUCAAUUUCUGAAUUGACCACAGCGUGCGAUGCACCCCUCAAACGUUACCCACCCCCGGAAAGCUGCGACUCAAUUCGCCGGACAAAAGGAAUAAAAUUAAUAAUUAGUCCGAAGGGAUUUCGUCGCGCCUGCACGCCCGUCACCGCGCGCUUAACGUUGGAUCAUUUUUUUUUUUUUGACGCGAUCAAAUGCGGAAGGAAUUAACGAUGAGAAAAAACCCAUCAGAGCCGGGGCUACGAUGUGACGUGAUUUGAAGAGAAUCGCAACUGCGUUGAGAAAAAAAAAAAAGAUAUCGUUUACACCGAUGUAUCAAGUAACUGUAUUUUUAAUCUCAUUGUUUCUCUCGAUUUGUUUGUACUUUACGAUCACGACUCUCUACAAAGCUUUUAUACUGACGAAGUGAAUUUAGCGGAAUAAAAAGAAAAAAAAAAAAAAAAAAAAGAAGAAGAAGAAAAAAAGCGAGUUCGGAAAUUAUAAAUAAUUUCGAGUUUGCGUAACUCUCUGAUUUCCUCGGGCACACUUGCCGUGGAUAUUAUGUGUACAAGUAUACAAGUACAUAUAAAGGUUAAUAUUCCAUACGGAGUGGAUAAAAGUGGUCGUUAUAUCGGGGAUAUAUAAAUUCGUUUUUCCUUUCUUUUUUUUUUUCGCUUUUUUUUUUGUUGCUCCUUCCCUCUCUUCUGCAGCGGAGAGAAAUACGCGUCCCGUCCACGAUCUCGCGAGAGAGGAAAAGAAGAAGGUGGCUUGUUAGGGAUCGCUCGUAUAUGUACCUAAUGUAUGUACAUUAUAUACUACGAGUAUAUGAAAUAACUAACCAAGAGGAUGGGAUCUUUCCUGGCUUUGACGUAUAUCAAGGAUUAUCCAUCUCGUAGGUCCUACUCGCGGGACAUACUGCGAUUCUCGUCAUAAUCGAACGGAGAUCGAUUUGUAAUAUUCGAAAAAAAAAAGAAGUAAAAAACAACAACAGUUUAACGAACUCCAAAAAAAAUAACUCAUCGCACUACAGGAAUUUGGAAAGAGCCUCGAUAAGUAUGACGAGUUACGAGCCGAAAAUUAAAGUCGAUCCCGAAGGAACGUCGACCGAGAAGCCCUCGAAAAACGCCUGCAAUAUUAUUUCCAAAACGGACUAACGCCAAAGAAAUAGAGAAAAAAUACAUCUAGAAAAAGGGAAGAGAGAAGAGAAAAAAAAGAAAGAAUGGGAGAAGCAACGGGAGACAGCGAAAGUAGGACCUCUUUUUACCGAGGUCCGCCAUGGUAUUAUCACUCGAUACUAUCGACGUUCGAUCGGGACUACUAGCCUGAUCGUAGAGAGGAAGUGAGAAUAACGGGAGGAAAAAGAGAAAAAAAUCAACCCGGAGGUGACAGGCAUAUUAUGUCACGCCAAAAUAAAGAUCCCGUGCACAAGUGUCACUCUGAUCCCGGUGGUGGUGGUGGUGGUGGUGGUGGUAGUGGUGGAAACAGUGACUCCGCGGGAUCCGCGAUCCCGCCCGCCAUCGGCGGGGGUACGUCCAGCAGAAGGAUCUCGAGGAAAAUUAUCAGUAACUUGCCGUCCAGCGCACCGCCGUUGACUUCGGCUACGAGAAAAUGCGUGCUCACUUUGGACGGGUACAGCUACGUCAUCGUCGCAUCGCCGCCAGACAGAAGAGUGACGAAAGAUGACAUCGGGUUGGCAGAGGCUUCCUCGUUAUGUUCAACAUUUGGACAAAUUCAAACACACGCGAAUUCUCAGCAAAGUUCGGUCGACGUCGCGAGUCCUGCAGGUGCUUCCUCGUGUACAGGAGGAGGCGGAGGAGAGGGAGGCGGAGGAAGGGGAGCGGGAGGAAACGCUUCCUGGGCUCUCCAGACUCCUGCGGGACAAAACGGUGAGCCAUUCCGCAAGCAAGGGCCGCUGACCAUAGUCAGACGUAGUUCCGGAAAAGGUAAAAAUGUCCGCAAUACCGGAAGCGGUAGUUUGGAUUCAGCGUCUUCGAGUUGCUCGCUUUCGAAUCCUGGGGGUAAAAUUCAAUUUCACAACAUUGAUUCGGAGCUUCUCGCAAACCCCUCGUUACCCGCCGUUGAUACUCCGGACGCUUGUGACAAGGCCGCCUUGAGAUUGCGAUGCCUUCUGAAACAAUUACAACACGGUGAAAUAUCCGCUGAACUUCUGCAGCUCAACCUUCACUACGCAGCAAGAGUUUUGGAGGCAGUGUUCAUCGACGAGACCAGGGCGGCGACCGACUCCUCAAGGUCACCGCGUAGGGAUCCGGGGCAACCUGCGAAUCAAGGUGGAACGGAUGCGGAGGGCUCGGGUGGUCAAGUGGUCACGCAGAAACGGAAGCUUCGCACCCCCAUUUGGGCAAGGGAUCAGGCGGAACGCCAAGAGAAGACAGCGUCGCGACGCCAACCUGGCGCGCCUUGUAGUAGACGUUUGGCGGACGAAGAUGACGAGUUGUCAGAGGUUCAGCCGGACGCGGUGCCUCCCGAAGUUCGCGAAUGGUUGGCAUCUACCUUCACCAGGCAGCUGGCAACCACUCGACGCAAAGCUGAUGAAAAGCCAAAGUUUCGAUCUGUGGCACACGCUAUCCGCGCUGGAAUCUUUGUCGACCGAAUUUAUAGGAAGGUUACAACAACACCCCUCAUGCAAUUCCCGGAGGACGUCGUCAGAGUUCUAAAGACGUUGGACGAUUGGUCCUUCGACGUCUUCUCGCUGAACGAAGCCGCCUCUGGAGCUCCGAUUCGGUACCUUGGAUACGAUCUUCUCAAUCGAUACGGAAUGAUCCACAAAUUUAAAGUACCGCCCGCCGUCCUUGAAAGCUUUCUGGUGAGGGUCGAAGAGGGAUACUGCAGACAUAGAAAUCCUUAUCAUAACAAUCUACACGCCGCCGACGUCGCUCAGACUAUGCACUACGUCUUGUGUCAAACCGGGCUGAUGAAUUGGCUUACGGAUUUGGAGAUAUUCGCCACCUUGGUAGCAGCGAUUAUUCACGAUUUCGAACACACUGGAACGACGAACAAUUUUCACGUGAUGUCCGGCAGCGACACUGCUCUUUUAUAUAACGAUAGAGCUGUGCUUGAAAAUCAUCACAUUUCGGCGAGUUUUCGGAUACUUCGCGAGGAGGAUUGCAACAUUCUUCAAAAUUUAUCACGAGAAGAAUUCCGCGAGUUCAGAUCUCUGGUGAUCGACAUGGUCCUUGCGACUGACAUGAGCUUUCAUUUUCAACAGUUGAAAAACAUGAAGAAUUUAUUGAGUCUCACCGAGCCUACGGUUGAUAAAAGUAAAGCUGUCAGUCUAGUUUUACACUGCUGCGACAUUUCUCACCCUGCGAAGCGAUGGGAUCUACACCAUAAAUGGACGAUGCAGCUUCUCGAGGAAUUUUUCCGACAGGGUGACAAGGAGAGAGCCUUAGGUCUCCCGUUUUCGCCGUUAUGCGAUCGAAACAACACCUUAGUGGCCGAAUCUCAGAUUGGUUUUAUCGAAUUUAUCGUGGAACCGAGUAUGCAAGUCUGCAGUGAUAUGUUGGAAUCGGUUCUGGCACCUUUAAAUCCAAAAACUGACGUUCCGCAGGAGGCGGAAGCUGCGACUGCAGGUGACAAUAGGUUCAGGAUUAAAAAACCUUGGACUCUUUGUCUCGGGGAGAACAAAAAAAUCUGGAAAGAGCAGGCGGCUAAAGACGCGGAAAUUAGAUUGCAGAAGGAAAAGGAGCAGAAAGAAAGCGAGGAAGUUGACGAAGAAAAGGGAAAAAAUUCUUCGCUCACCACAGCCGAAGAGUAGAAGACGAGGAGAAGAGGAAAAAAAUUAUUGAAUGAAUAAAUAAUAAAUAGUUGAAGUAAAAUAUGUAUAGGAACUUAUGUGUAAGGGUAGGAAUACAUUGAGAGAAAAGAGAAAAAAUGACAGGGAAAAUGACGCUGAUAGACGAGUGAAUGCAGCGCGGUGACGAAAUUAUUCGAUCGAUCGAUGAAUGAUUUUCAAAGAAAUAAUAUUAUAAAUAACCGAAAUAAUUACGCGUAGGUUUAAUGAUCUUUGAAUAUAUAGAAAGUAAUUACUGUGACAGACUGAGAUCGCAUACUCGAUUAUAAUUCCAAGAAUAUAUAAUUAAUUAAUGAAUAUUACGAUAGCUCGAGCGAUAGCUACUACAUUACACUUGCACAAUAUAUAACUUAAUUAAUGUCUACAUUACUUUGGUAUAAUUGAACCGAUCAGAUGGCGGCUUUCGAAAAUUUCAUCAUUAAAUCUAUACCGAAUAGAGAGACUCUUCGAAAUCACGGAUACGAAUUCCGUGAUUUCGAAGAAUCUCUCAAGCUAAUACAAAUUUAAUAUGGCGCCGUAUGGUGAGAACCACUCCCGGAUUAUUCCCUAUCGAUAAUUCUUUUACAAAUUUCGUAAUCUAGUGCUUAAACACUCUAGCACCGGUGUGUGAUUAAUUUAUAUAUAACAUAUUACGUGAGUAGAUGUACAAUUAAGAAUAAUAUUAUUAAUAAUAAUAAUAAUAAUAAUAACAACUAUGAUGAAUAAUUCUGACGAAAACAAAAAAGAAUGAAUAGAAGAGGAUAUAUAUAAUAAUUGUAAUGGAAAUAAUCAUCUGUUUGCUUACGAAACCAGCUGGUCUGGGGCUACAUGUAAAUAUAAAUAUAUGUACAAAAUUCACUAAGAAUUGUGUACCCUAAAGUAAUUGGCAUAAUCUUGCGACAAAGCUUUAACAAAAAAUUUAAUGUACCUAUCCAUAGUAUUUAAUCUGUAUUAACGCUAUAAUAUAUAAAUUAUGUAAAUAUCAUAAGACGGAGAAGAAUCGGUAACAAAGAGAGAAAGAAAAGAAAAGAGAAAAAAAAAAAUGAAACAAAUCUAUUAGAUACCGUGUACUAAUCCAUAAAUAAUUGUAUUAUUAAUAGUUGUGUAGAAAAACUGUUGAUUAUUCAUGGAAUUUGCGGGUCGAAAUUAUUAAAUAAAUACAAAGAAAAUCAACUUUACGGCAGAGAGAGAAAAAAACAAAUUCUAUCGUCAGAGCUUUAUUUGAGGAUGGUAUAAAGAUUCGUUGAAAAAUUCUGUAAAACUAAAUGAAAUUGAAAGAUUUAUUCUAGGUAUACAUACAUACGAGAUAGCAUUCAGAUACAUUAUAUAUAUAAAUUAUAUCAAAUUAUUCAAAGGUACUGAGAUCAAAAACUUUGGUGCAGUAUAUAAUAUGUAAGCAUAAUUAUAUUGUAUAUGUAUAUGUAUAUUUACCUAAUUCAGUAUUGCGCACGAUUUUUUUCAUCGAUACAUACAUACCUAAUACAAAUAUAUACAUAGGUAUAUAAUAUUUAUAGGUACGUACGUGCAUACCAUUGAAAUAUUAGAAUCGAUUGGAAUAUUUAUAAACAAUAAACACGUCGUCCGCUUAAUAUCGCGUCGCGCGACGAACCGCAAAUUGUAGAGAAGAAAAAAUGUGGAGGGAGAAAAAAAAAACCUUCGAACAAAAAAAAAAAACGUGUAAAUCUUAUCAAUUUUUUGACAGCGGUUUUAUACUUCCAUCGUGAUACAAAAAUUCAAUUUUCUUCGCCAUCACAGCACGCGGCAAUCCUUCGGAUUAUUGAACGGGAUACUCAAAAAUGACCGAGUUCGAUGCCUGGGCCCUCGUACUCAUCGAUUGCGCUCCCGUUGUCGUGAUUAAUGGAUAUGCAUCAACUUUUUGUUUCGCUAUUCAGAAAUUUGUUCACGAUAUUACAUAACGACGGGAAGAUUUUAAUAAGAAUAUUUGUCACGAGCUAUUCGUUAUUAUUUUUUUCAAAAUUGGAAUCUGUUUGUUUUUCUUCACGGCCCAAAGAAGGAUUUCAUUUCAAAAACUGCCGCGUGUUGUUGCGAGGUCCUUUCGUGAAAAAUAAAAGUUAGAAAAAAAACAAAAAACGUCCAUAUCUGUCCCAGCUGCCGUCUGUUACUGUAAAUCGCUCCGGUGCUAAUCGAUGUUUUUACCACGUUUGAAGAUUCGAUGAUGAGGGUGACGAUGAUGAUGAUUUGACAAAAAAGGGAGCUCGUUUCUCAGCUCCCUAAUGACCGGGAUUAUAGCUUUAUUACUUAGGCACACGCCAAUUGGUCCGCGCCAAUAUUCUGUAGUUAGAAAAAGGUUUAGGGUUCGGAAAAUUUAUGAUAGGCACACUGUAACACCUGCAAUAACGAUGAACGGUUGAAAUAUAUUUUAACGAAAAUUGUCCGGCGAAUUUGAUAAAUUACGACAAUCAUUCGCUAUUAUAUUCGUGCAAUUAAUUCUCGAUCAAUUAAAGUGAAACUAUGCAUAAAUUAUUUCAGACCGAUAGAAAUUAUCCGGCCAUUUUGUCAACUUUUUCGAAAAUUCGAUCAGAUACUUGUACAAAGCGAAAAGUGAAAAAAAGUAAACAAAUAAAAACAGCAUAGCCUAUUCUUCUUUCUGCAGGAUCUGGUGUGACGACCGAGUCGCGCUAAUUAGUACUUACGAAAAUAACCAAGAAAAAAAAUAAAUUACUAAUGUAGAAAUAAUUGGAGAAGAGAAAAAUAUAUACUUACAAUUAGCUGCAGAUAAUCAAUGUACAUAUUCGCGUGUCAUAAUCGUAUGAUUCUGAUUAAAGUAAAAAAUGAAUGAACCAUAAGGAAUGAAGAAAUGUGAAAUAACAAGCAAGUGAAGAGAAAAACGAAGAGUGUGAAAAUGUCACGCGAGUCAAAUUUCAAAUAUAAAUGAUUAAUUAUAUCAGCUUUAGAGUUACGCAGAAAUAAGUUUAGCUAUUGUAUAGGUAUACGUGAUAUAUAGGUAUACAUAUACCAUGUAUUAUUAAUUUAAAUACCAUAGAUUGUGACCACGAAUCAAAAUCAGAUGAAGCAUCUCCGUAUUAUCUGUAUAUAUGUAUAAGAUAUAGAUAUUAUUUAUUCAUUACACAUAAGUUGAACAGAGUCUAUUCUCGACUAGGAGUUUUACAAAAUACAUCCCUAUACAAAUUAUAUGUAAAUGAAAAACAAAAAAAAUUAAUCCAUUGUAACGACUCGCAUAUUACUUUAUGUAUAAUGUCGGGAAUAGAAUUCAUAUGUUUCAAUACUCGACCAAUAAUAAUAAUAUUAAUGAUAAUAAUAAUAUUAAUAAUAAUAUUAAUAAUAAUAAUAAAAUAGUUAUUAUCAUUAUUACAUGAUAGGAUUGAAUGGAUAAAUAAAUUAAAUAAUUGACGUUGAUUUGAAAAUUGAAUAGAUAUAUCGCGGUCUGUUUUUUAAUGAUUGUUUUCCUUGUAAAUUCAUAUUAUUGGUAGAGACAUCACAAUUCUCAUCGUAAAUAAAAAAUUGCAGAGACUAGCGAAAUCUUAGAAAAAAAAAAACAAGAAUAAAACAAAAUGAAUAAAUAAAAUAAUAAUAUUUUUCGACGUAACGAUCGAUACGAAUAUACUAAAAUACCGAAAA